AUGGACGGCACUCCAGGGGAUGAUCACUGUGAAGACGAUCAACCUCAUUUACGAAAACGCCAAAAGACAGUCCACCAUGAUAAUCCUUCGUCUGCGCGACGCGAUAGCUAUACUAUCGCCUGGUUAUGUGCGCUCCCGAUCGAAAUGGCAGCGGCUCAGGCCGUGCUGGAUGAGAUUCACGAUCCCCUCCCUAGGCUGCCAGACGACACAAACACAUACGUUCUAGGAAGCAUUCAGGCCCACGAUAUUGUGAUCGCAUGUCUGCCCACCGAUCAAUACGGGAUAAUCAAUGCUGCAACGGUAGUAACGAACUUGAAGCGGACUUUUCCUGCAAUCCGAGCGGGACUGAUGGUUGGAAUUGGUGGAGGCGUGCCAAGCAAGACUGAUAUACGCCUCGGGGAUAUUGUGGUCGGAACGAGAGUGAUGCAAGUUGACCUCGGAAAGAUCAUCGGCAACAACGAGCUGGAACGUACUGCCAUCCCUCGUCUUCCCCAUCAGUUACUUGGAACAGCAGUAUCAACCCUCCGGGCAAAACAUGAACUUGGGCCGAGCAAGGUGCCGGCUAUUCUCCAAGAAAGGCUAGAGAAAUACGCUGGAUAUGGCUACCCGAGCUUACCGGAUAACCUGUUCCAAGCGACAUAUCACCAUGAAGCACCGUCUGAAACCUGUGACAAGUGCGAUAGCUCAAAGUUAGUAGUACGAGCUCCGCGUACAUCGAACGAUCCCAAUAUUCAUUACGGUGCCGUCGCAUCAGGGAGUCAGGUUAUAAGAAACAGCGUGUUUCGGGAUGAGGUUGCUCGGCAAUUGAAUAUCAUUUGUUUCGAGAUGGAAGCUGCCGGCCUAAUGGACAUUCUUCCUUGUCUCCCCAUUCGUGGGAUUUGCGACUAUUCGGAUUCUCAUAAAAACAAGGAUUGGCAGAGGUAUGCUGCAGCUACAGCAGCGGCAUAUGCAAGGGAGCUUCUUGAGGAACUUCCUCCGACCGAAAUCAAGCAUCGCACACAGAGUAAUGAAGCUUGUGCCUCAAAUUUGGGCCCAGGUAUAUCACAAAAGCAGGUGGAAAGGGCGGAAAAUCAAAAGAAUCGCGCGAAACAGCUGCUUGAUCUCCUUCGGUUCAAACAGAUCGAUGCUCGAAGAUCAACAAUCAAGGACGCUUAUUUUAAGACAUGCGCAUGGUUUCUCCAUCAUCCAGACUACAAAGCAUGGCUUGACUCCAGCAAGCUGUCUCAACACCAUGGUUUUCUAUGGAUCAAAGGGAAACCUGGUGCUGGCAAAUCGACAAUCAUGAAAUUCGCGUACUUGAACAUGAAAAGGAAGAAACAGCCUUGCCACUCCCUCACUAUUUCUUUCUUCUUCAACGCUCGUGGUGAUUACCUUGAGAAGUCUGUUUUAGGGAUGUAUCGGUCUCUACUAGUACAAGUACUGGAGGGUUAUCCUGACCUUCAGGAGGUUCUGUCUGAUUCUGAGCUCUGGUCUUCUCAGGGGCAAGCUCAUAGCUUAAUUGGAUCUAUCAACACACUCAAAGAUCUUCUGUCCAGAGCAAUCUCUCUACUUGGCAAGCGCUCGCUUACCUGCUUUAUUGAUGCACUCGACGAGUGUGAUGAGCAACAUAUGUUAGAUAUGAUCCAGUAUUUUGAGCAAUUGGCAGAAACCUCUACAGAGAACCAGCGAGCUCUCCGAAUCUGCUUCUCCAGUCGACAUUAUCCCUAUAUUAUCAUCCGGCGAGGAACCUCUUUCGUCCUGGAGCACCAAGACGGACACACUAGGGAUCUAAAGGCAUAUGCAGAGAGCCAUUUACGAGCCACCGACCCAGUCAUCUUGCAGGCUAUUCUUGAAAAAGCUUCAGGUGUUUUCAUGUGGGUUGUCUUGGUAGUCGAAAUCCUGAACAAGGAACUUGCACGCGGUGCAAUGUCGCUCGAAAAACGGCUUGAAGAGAUACCAAGUGACUUGAGUGCUUUAUUCAAGGCUAUCCUGGAAAGGGACAAGGAGAACAUGCAAGAGCUUCUACUAUGUUUUCUCUGGAUUCUCUGUGCAGAACGUCCACUAAAGCCUGAUGAGUUUUACCAUGCCCUUUGGUCAAGUCUAUUGGCAGUUGGUCAGAGAAACCGGAUCAGUUCAAAUUUCCCAGAUCCUUCAGUCAAAGAUACUGUUGACGGCCUCCCUAGGUCUCACAGAUAUGUCAUUAGCUGCUCGAAGGGUCUUGCUGAGGUCACAAAUUCAAAUGGGCCUUCUGUGCAGUUCAUCCAUGAAUCGGUCCGAGAUUUUCUUAUCAAAGAUAGAGGCCUGUAUGCGCUAUGGCCUGAGAUCGGCCUUGAUUGGAAGGUUCAAGGCCAUGAAAAGCUGAAACAAGGUUGUUAUGUCUAUCUGACCCAUUCUGAAAUGCGUUGUUUCACUACAAACCUCAAUACAAACCUCAAGGUAAAAAAGAAGAAUCGAAUAGCUGCUGCAGAGAAAUAUCCAUUCCUGCAAUACGCAAGCCAAAGUGUUCUUCACCAUGCAAACGCAGCCAACAGCGUGUUUUCUCAGGACGAUUUCAUUGCUGCCUUCGACACUUCUUUAUGGGUAAAAUUAAACAACCUUUUCGAGAAGUCCAUGAUUCGCAAGUAUACCGCGGAAGCAAGCCUGCUUUACAUUCUGGCAGAUAAAGGUUACCCUGAGCUUAUACGGACAAGGCUAAAAGCUCAUCCUGACAUCCAUAUCCAAGGAGAGAGAUACAAUUUCCCAAUCUUCGCUGCCUUGGCACGGGGUGACAAAGCUACCUUUGCGGCCCUCUUGGGCCGUUCUACUACCAUAUGUGAUGGUGUUGACGUAACCGAGGGGCUAAAUCAUAGGAAGGAUCUAGGAGACGUCCGAUUCCUAUCGCCUCUUUCUUGGGCGGUGGCAAAAGGACGAGCAUCAAUGGUCAAAUUUCUCCUUCAGUCUAGCAUAGACAUGAGCUCUACUGAAUCUCAUACGGUGUCUUCAUUGUCAAUAGCCUUAAGGGUUGGAAACCUUGAAAUGGCUAAUUUGUUGAUUGCUCAAGGAUUCGAUGUCAACAAGUGGGACUGUGACGGAAACACGCCGAUUCAUUAUGCAAUCAGAUUUGGCCGUAAUGAUAUAGUGCGGGCUUUGGUUCAGAAAGGUGCAAAUGUCGAUGUUUGCUGCAAUUACCAUACUCCAGUUUGCGAAGCCGUGCGCAGAGGUAACUAUGAUAUUGCAGAGUUCCUUUUGGACAAUGGAGCCGACCCCAACGUUCAUCCGCAGAAAAACCAGUACGCCCCACUGAAUGAAGCAGCUCAAGUUGGGAACGAGAAUCUCUUAAAAUUGCUUCUUGACUAUGGAGCAUCUGUGAAUGCUCGGAGCUACCCCUUUGGAUUCACGCCACUUGAGAUUGCGGUGGUGCACCGGCAUGAAAAUAUUGCAAUGACCCUUAUCGACCGCGGGGCAGAUAUCACUAUUCCUGGUUUUCUGCAGAUUACCGCCCUCUCCCGCGCUGUCAUGAAUCAUGAUCACAGCAUGGUAAAGCUUCUUCUCAGCAGGGGAGCAGAUUGCAAUGCUCAGUGCGCUUUCGGGAGAACGCCCGUUAGUCACGCCUCGACAGAAGAUAGAAACGACAUUGCAAUGACCCUUAUAGAUCAUGGAGCAGAUGUCAAUAUUUGUGAUAUGAUUGGAUACACCCCUCUUUUACUCGCUGUCAAGAACCAUAAUCACAGCAUGAUAAAGCUUCUUCUCAGCAAGGGAGCAGAUUGUAACGCUCAAUGUGCUUCAGGAGGGACGCCCCUCAGUCACGCUUUGAUAGCAAAUGAUGCAGAUACAGCGAUACUCCUCAUGGAACGGGGAGCACAUUUUCAUACACGGUAUAGCCAUGGGGAUUCGUUGCUCCAUGUCCUUGUGAGGCAAUCGUCAAGCGAUGCAGUGAAGCUCCUUAUCGAUUAUGGAGCUGAUAUUGAGGUUGAAAACGAUGACGGAGAGACGCCUCUUGACUUGGCAUUGAAACCGAGAUGCCAGGAGGACAUAGUCAAGUUGUUAGUCGAGAAAGGAGCAGCUGACAAUGCCAUGAACAAGGACGGAGGAAGACCACUUGGUCUGGGAUUGACAAGCGAGAGGGGGGUUUAA